UUUAAAGGUUGUAUUCGCAGGUGCUGGUUACAUUUCAAAAGACAAACAAAAGUGGGAAAAAAUACAUUGGAAACUGACAAUUUUUAAGAUUUUAUUCUUUUCGUAAAGUUUCCAUGAUUGAGAAAAUCGCAAAACGUUACAAAUGCAUUUUAGCAGGCUUGGGCGUCGUUGUGAUAUUCAACUUGCAUCUUUUGUACUCGCUAGCCUACGACGGAAAGAAAAUACCUCAGAACGAGGAAGUUCACAAAAAGCUGCAGGCAGUUGGAAAUGGACAGUAUGAAAAUUCUGCACUGUACAUGCAGAACACUUCAUUUCAAGCAAUGAAAAACAUUGAAGCUACGCUGAGUCGUGUAUCUCUAUUUUUCACUCAAAAGUAUUCAACGACAUACCACAAUUUUUCAACUUUACUUAUAAACCGGAGUCUACCGCCUAGAGUCAACCUUUGGCAGGCUGCAGCCAAUUGGGUAACACCAACCCAGAUAGCGCCAAAAUCGUCAACUCUUUUACCUCAUGUCCUAAGGGCAUUGGAAACUGGUAAAAUCCUAUCGGCCAAUAUAACUUCAAAAGGUUCACAACUGAAGCUCCUUCUUAUGUAUGAGAAAGGUCAGAAGGUUCUCUUCAAGCCAAAAUGGUACGAAAGGGACAAAGUGAUCCUUGGAAAACCAUAUGCUGGGAAAGACCGUCACAAUGGAGAAAUUGCAGCUUUCCACUUGGCCAGGCUGCUUGGCCUAAACAGGGCCCCGAUAGUCAGUGGAAGAAUAGUAAAUCUCAAAGAGGAUAUCUUGCCUGUAGCAACAUACGAUCUCAGUCGAACAUUUUAUAAAAACGGUAGUAAUACAUGCUUUUAUGGGGUUUGCUUAUAUUGUAAACCAACUGAUGGAGUUUGCGCAGAUGGAGCCUUAUUAGAAGGAUCUGUGACAUUGUGGCUGCCCGAACACUGGAAACUCGUUCGACUACGACACCCCUGGCAGAGAAGCUACACAUCCUCGUUUGCUACCUGGGAGCUUUACACAGACUACUGUUCAGUAAUUAGAAAAUCAAAGAUGUACAAGGACGAAGAUAAGAUUUUAGAUUUGAUUGAAAUAUCAGUUUUUGAUUUUCUCAUCGGCAACGGGGAUAGGCAUCACUAUGAAAUGUUUGAAGCAAAAGGCAGCAAAGCUUUACUUAUCGACAAUGGGAAAAGCUUUGGUAAUCCUCAUGUUGAUUUCAUCGACACAUUGGCCCCUCUCUACCAGUGUUGCAGGAUAAGAGAAGAAUUUGUGUCGGUCCUAGCAUCACUACGAGACGGACAGCUCAGCAAUUGGCUUGAAGUGUUGCUCUCGUCGAGCCCGCUCAGCCCGGUUUUGACCAAAGAGCACUUUGAAGCCCUCGACAGAAGGGUCAACAUCGUCUUGGCAGCGAUCUUAUACUGCAUAAAUGAAAAAGGCGAAGAAGAAGUUCUGGUUACAGGAUUAUGACUUCGUAUAUUUUUAACGUACAAUUUUUUAUUUUUAUUUUUUUUACGACUGAUCACCUUUAAUAACAUCAGUGAUAUUGUUAAAACUCAAUUUUUUAAAUUCUUAAUUGAAGUAUUUUUAUAAUUGUUAAUUUUGUACAUUAUUCUCUUAUUAAAUAGUCAAAUAAAUUUGAGAAAAAAAUAUUGUGCCUUAAAUACUGUCAAUUCAAUCUAGUCAAAGGGUUAGAAAUAUUUGAUUACUUAUUACAAUGUAAUUAACACAUAUUUUUAAACCUAUCUCGAUGUUUCUAGUGCUAGAUUUGUUUCAAAAUUGUAAACAGCACCUUGUGCUAUUUUAAUGUCUUUAGAUCGCAAAUAUAUGACACUGUGAUCGUACUCCUGUGAUGUAUACAUAAUUUUUCCCAUGAUUAAAUAACUAAUGAAUGUUGUUAUUGUUGUCAACCUACUGAUAUCAUAGAGCUUAGUAUAAGUUUAAACAUAUGUUUUUUAUGGUAUGUUGUAAAGAUAUUAAUAAAAUGAUUUUAUUUA